UUUGUUUCAAAGAAAAUAUGGUGAAUGAUCGUGUGCUUUUGUUAUAUGGGACGGAGUGUUGGCUAGUGAAAAACUCUCAUAAUAUGCGAGUGGCGGAGAUGAGGAUCCUGAGGUGGAUGUGUGGGCAUAGUAGUAUAGAUAAGGUUAGGAAUGAAAAUAUUAGGGACAAGGUGGGGUGGCUCCCAUGGAGGUUAAGAUGUGCGAAGUGAGACUGUGAUGGUUUAGGCAUUGUGAAGAGUAAAGGUAUAGAUGCCCCAGUUAGGAGGUAUGAGAGGUUGACCGUACUGGCAUGAGAAGGGGUAGAGAUAGGUCUAAAAAGUAUUAGAGUGAGGUGAUUUGGCAGGAUAUGGAGUAACUUCAGCUCACCGAGUGACUCUUGAUAGGAGGGUGUGAAGGUCGAGAAUUAGGGUAGAAGGUUGGUUGGUAGUCAGGCGUAUUUCGUUCCAUUUCUUAGAGUAAUAGUAUUUUUCUUGUUGUUUUCCUAUUUUUCAGAUUCCUAUCACUGCCAGUUGUUUCUUCUUGUUGUUUCUACUGCCUUGUUUUUCACUGUUCGUUCAGCCGAGGGUCUAUAGGAAACGACUUCUCUACCUUCUCAAAGGUAUAGAUAGGGUCGGCAUACGCUCUACCAUCCCCAGACUUCACCCAAACUUCUUCAGGAGGUGAAACAACGAAGAAACUGAACAAUGUGGUACCAUGUGUCAAGGCCAUCUGAGUUUUUGGUGAUCACCGGCCGAGGAAUCGAUGAGUUGAGGAUUGUGAAGAAGGCUUUGGUAUUGCCGUUUCAGAAAUGCACGAGAAUUGAUGUUAGCCCUGUAAAUUAUACGUUUGAAGUCAAUGCGAUGAGCACGGAAAAGCUAUCUUUCGUACUCCCUGCUGUUUUCACUAUUGGUCCUCAGGCUGAUGACCACAACAGCCUUGUCAAAUACGCGAGGCUUCUUUCUCUCCAUCAGCGCGAUUCUCAUGAUGUCAAGGAGCUUGUUCAAGGUAUCAUUGAGGGAGAAACGCGUGUCUUGGCUGCUUCAAUGUCUAUGGAAGACGUCUUUAAAGGUACAAAAGAUUUCAAGCGGGAAGUUUUCGAAAAGGUUCAGGUGGAGCUCAACCAAUUUGGACUUAUCAUAUAUAACGCUAACAUUAAGCAACUAGUCGAUGUCAGAGGCCAUGAGUACUUUUCGUAUUUAGGCCAGAAAAUUCAAACGGAAGCAGCAAACAAGGCGAAAGUUGAUGUCGCUGAGGCAAAAAUGAAAGGCAACAUCGGAGCCAAACAGAGUGAAGGAUUGACAAUUCAAAGCGCUGCAAAGAUCGAUGUCGAGACAAAAGUAAUAACCGCACAAAGACAAGGUCGAGGUAAAAUGGAGGAGAUAAAGGUGGGAGCAGAAGUUAUGAUUUUCGAGAAUCAGCAAGAAGCUGAAGUGUCUGAGGCGAAUGCAGAACUCUUAACCAAAAAGGCAGCAUGGUCUCAGCAGGCGAAGAUGGCAGAGGUGGAAUCUGAAAAAGCCGUUGCAAUACGAGAGGCUGAGUUGCAGCGAGAAGUCGAGAUAAGAAACACUUUGAUGAAAACCGAGCACUUCAAGGCUCAAUUCCUCAGCCGGGCUAACGUGGAAUAUCAUGUUAAGGUGCAAGAGGCAAAUUGGAAGUAUUACCAAAAGCAGAAAGCGGCUGACGCAAUACUAUAUGAGAAACAGAAGUUAGCAGAGGCUCGAAAGGUUGAAUCAGAUGCUGAAACGUACGCGAAAAAACAAGCUGCAGAUGUUAUGCUCUACACCAAGAUGAAAGAGGCCGAAGGACUAGUCGCUUUUGCAGAAGCACAAAGGGUUUACAUAAGCGCGUUGUUGUCAGCGUUUGGAGGAAGUUAUGUCGCGUUGAGGGAUUACUUGAUGAUUAACGAAGGGAUAUACAAGGACAUCGCUAAGUUCAAUGCCGAAGCUAUCAGAGGACUACAACCGAAGAUCAGCAUUUGGUCGAGUGGCGGUUCAAGUGAAGGAGAUGGACUGAUGAAUGAGAUGGCGGAACUUUAUAGCGCAAUCCCUCAGUUGUUACAGACCGUGAAUGAGCAAACUCGAAUGCUGCCUCCGCCGUGGCUGAGUACUUGCAGCACCAACAAGGCCACAUCAAGUGAACCAGCUUAAUGAUUUCUCACAUUACCGGGAGCCUUGGAGUAACUAGUAAAGUUGCUACCGUGUGAGACCAGGACGUCACGGGUUCAAGUCUUGGAAACAGCCUCUGGCAGAAAUGCAAGGUAAGGCUGCGUACAAUACACUCUUGUGGUGGGGCCCUUUCCUGGACCCUGCACGUAGUAGUACAUAUUGUUGGUUAAUUGGGAAGUGAUGGAAUUAACUUUAGAUUACUAUGCUUCAUUUAGUAUGAUGUUCACAAAGAUACUUUUUGUCGGUAUCGCACCCAAGAGUGUGGCCUAGCGGUCAAUAAUAUAAUCCAGUAUCCAAGCUUUGGUCGA